CAGUCAGGGAAUUACAACAAGGAGCAAUUACUUUCUGCAUACAUGCAAAAUAGAAAAAAUAUGGACCGGUCAUGCUUUUUAUGCAUUACAUAUUCCAACUAUUUAUUCUUAUUUCCUUAACUUUCAAUUAUUUCAAUUGUCCCACCAGAGUCCCACUCGGAGGACGAAGUGCUCUGCCGGAAGUUGUUCGUUACUAUGGUGAUGAUGAUCACUUUUCUAUUUAUCCUUCCUGUUUUUCGGAAAUAUUGCGUGUUUUUGUGAAGUAAAACAAAAUGGACGGAUGUGAUAUGGUGCUGGAGUGUCUUAACAAACAACAGGAGAGUCUGAACAUGAGUCACCGGGGUCUCGUUGUUUUGCCACCUGGUGUUUCGAGACUCGUUACCUUGAAAAAACUGUUUCUGAACAAUAACCAGCUCAUUUUGCCACCAGACGAGAUUCUGCACCUGGAAAAGCUUGAAGAACUGAUACUGGACAGAAACCAGCUGACCAUGCUUCCCAGCAACAUAGGCUCACUGAAACACCUGACUUAUCUUGCUGUAAACCACAACCCACUGUCUGUCCUCCCAGAGGCGCUGGGUGAUCUGACAGAACUGAGAGAGCUCUGGGCUGUAGGCUGUGGUCUCAUCUCCUUACCAUCAUCUAUUGGUAAACUCAGUAGGUUACAGAAACUUGGGGUCCAUAAUAAUUUAAUUACAAACCUACCAUCGCAAUUUGGGUCCCUCAGCAGUUUGCAGUGGUUAAACUUGGCUGAUAAUAAACUUCAAGACCUCCCAGAAGAUAUUAAUCACCUACAGUCUCUGGCCUUCAUAAACCUGGACAAGAACUGUUUUACAGACAUCUCUACCGUAUUAACAGACAUGGCAAACCUACAGAUCCUCUCUCUUAAAUUUAACAGCAUCAGAACACUAGAGGAUUACUUAAUCCCUGGUUUCAGCAGACUUACAAAACUUGACAUCAGAGAAAAUCCUUUAAUGGACAGACCACCUCACUGGAAGGGAUUGGAUUUCAUAUUACUUGGGAAAGUGUGACAACCUGAACAAGCAGAUUUACUGUAUAUUGGAUGAGCAGAAACUGAAAUCCAACAUCCAAUGGAAUGGGCAUGUUGUAUUACACUGCUUUGCGAUAAAAAGGA